AUGCUGUGCGAAAUUAAAGGCAUCCUAAUCCUUGAUAACGAAGGCAGAAAGAUUUUCAGCAAAUAUUACAACGUAGCUGGGCCUCUAUCAACACACUCAGGACAAAUCUUGUUUGAGCAGCAGCUGUUUGCCAAGGCUUCUAAAAUUGGUGCCAAGAACAACGAAGUCGACGUGGUGAUGAUGGACCAAUACAUUGGGGUCUUUAAGUUGAUCAACGACAUUUCUAUUAACUUGGUAGCUUCAAUUGAAGAAAACUCAAUUAUGCUCACCUGGCUAUACAUAAAAAAAUGGGUGGUGACGAGCCAUCAUCCGCAUGGCGGGUGCCCUAUGCAUACCUGGACUGGUUUUUAGUGCAAAGAGCUGCCUAAGGUUGGUUUAGUCUCAAAGCGAGAGCCCAACACUAUUUAAGCUGAUUAGUGGCUGGCCUGCAGCAGUUUUGCAUCUUUUUUGCCAGUAGCGCCCAUACCCGCCCUGCGGGUUUUCACCUGGUGGAAUUUAUGGCGCUUCAGAAAGCAGGGACUAUAAAUACCCAUUGUAACUUAAUCUUAAUCUUAAUGCUCGCGUGGCUGCUGGAUAUUCUGAUAGAAGCACUGGAACUGCUUUAUAAGAGUGAGCUGGACAGAGCCAAGAUUGUGGAUGAGCUUGAAUUGAUGAUGUUGGCCAUUGACGAAACUCUUGACGAUGGGCUGAUCAUGUGCACAGACGCUACUACAAUUGUGGAAAGAGUCAUCAUGCGAGAAGGAGUCGAACGAGCUCCUCUUAAGGUCAAAAAACCUGAGUCAGCGUUCGAAAGAGCAAUUCAGGGAGCGAAACAAGCUAUAACAAAGUCAUUAAUGAGAUAG